GCACGAAAGGGAAAGGGAAAGAUUCUUGCCCUGCCCCGCCCGUCUUCCUCUUCUCGGCCAAGCUAGCUAUAGCCCACCACCACCACAGGCUCCCCCCGGCACCACUGCAACCCUGUCCAGGCCCCUCAAAAAGAAAUCUAGGACAAGCAAGGGAGCUGCUGCUGGCUAGCCAGGCUUACUUAGCCUUGGUUGAGAGCGAGGAAUCGAGCCAGAUUUCAUGCCAUCCUAGCUCGCCCCUACCAGACACACGUCCUGCAGUGGUGCUGAAUUUUGUCAGGUUUCACGUUGCUGGUUGGGAGGUGAGGUGAGGGCGAGAGGUUCGGGAGGAGGAGAUCAGAGGUCGGAGGUCGGAGAUGGGUCGCGGCAAGGUGGUGCUGCAGCGGAUCGAGAACAAGAUCAGCCGCCAGGUGACGUUCGCCAAGCGCCGCAACGGCCUGCUCAAGAAGGCCUACGAGCUCUCCCUCCUCUGCGACGCCGAGGUCGCGCUCGUCCUCUUCUCCCACGCUGGCCGCCUCUACCAGUUCUCCUCCUCCUCCAACAUGCUUAAGACCCUCGAGAAGUACCAGAGGUACAUUUUCGCUUCCCAAGAUGCUGCCGUGCCGACUACCGAUGAGAUGCAGAACAACUAUCUGGAGUAUAUGGAGCUGAAGGCAAGAGUUGAGGUUUUACAACGCUCACAAAGGAAUCUCCUAGGCGAGGAUUUGGCUCCACUGAGUACAAUCGAGCUUGAACAGCUUGAGGGUCAAGUAGGCAAGACCUUGAGGCAAAUAAGGUCAAGAAAGACUCAAGUACUGCUGGAUGAAAUGUGCGACCUGAAGAGAAAGGAGCAAAUAUUGCAGGAUGCAAAUAUGACCCUGAAAAGAAAGCUGGGCGAGAUCGAGCUGGAGGCGACACCUGAUCCCCCGCAGCAGCCGCAGCAGCAGCAGAUGUGGCAGGGCGACCGGGGCGUGCCGCCCCACACGCCUCCGCAGCCAGAGCACUUCUUCCAGGCCCUAGAACGCUAUCCUUCCCUGCAGCCAGUAUUUCGUGGCAUGGAUGUGAACCAGCCGCCGCCUGCAUGGAUGGCAUAGCUACGCACCCGCAUUGGUCUGUCUACCGUUCCAGUCGAUCAACAAGAUGCACCGCUUGGCAUGAGCGAUUAUCUAUCUCAAAAACAAUCAACAACAAGAUGCGUUGCCUGCCUAUGUGUCCUGCAUCUCCAAUAGGCUCCUAUAUAUAUCAACUCGGCUGUUUUUGUGUUUCCUUUUCAAGUGCUUGUGGAUUUAUUUUAAGUAAUGUGUACAGGGUUUGUCUUAUUUGUUAUUAGCAAGUGUUAUAUUGCUCAUUUUGCUUAGAGAAGGCGAGAACGGUUUUCCUUACGGGAUUUGAUUUACAACAGCGUAAUAAACCCUC